UCUUGGUCAUACUACUACGAUUCUGAUGGCAACUCCCGGGUCAAGUCCCACCAUGUAUUGCUUCUCAGUGUGAUCAUAGCUGCUCUUGUUAUCUUCCACUUUAGGCACAAGAUCGCUGAGGCCCAUGACAGGUACAGGACCAGAAGGAGGUCAGGGGGCUAUCUUGGGCUCAGCGGGUUUCAAGACGAUAUCGAACGAGGCUUGACAAGCAGCACCUUCGAUCUCGAACAGAACAUCGCUAGCAGUGACUCCAGACUGGGUUUGCUGGAGGCAGCAACUCAGGAGAUCACAAGGAUUAUGCGGAGGGAGGGCCUCACAUUUGACCAGGCUCGACUAGCCUACACCCAGCGCCAAUUGGACUCCAAUGGCAUCGAUAAGGAUGGAGUGCCUCGCGACCCCAAGCUUGUGACGUUU